AUGAAGGAUUAUUAUAUGGAUAAGAUUAAGAAGAAUAUUAAUGAAAUAAAGAAGUAUCAAAAUAUAAAUAUAUUUCAAAAAACAAAUGAAACUCACAAUGAACUGUUUUAUGAAAAUAAAAAUGUUACGGUGAAAUCUAAUAAUGAAAAAAAAUAUAAAAAGACAGAAGAUAUAAUCAGUAAUAUAUCAAUGGAUAAAAAAGAAAUUAAAAAUAAUAAUUGUAAUAAUAUAUCUUAUAAUGAAUAUGUGAGAUUAGAAAGUGGACCUUUAAAUAAUUAUGUCUUAUAUAACAAUGACAAAAUAAUUAAUAAUGAUCAUGAAAAAUAUGACAAUACAUAUAAUAAUUAUGGAUCGGUCAUACAUACAUUAAAUCUAGAUGAUCUUAACAAUAUACCUAAUCAAAGAUAUAACAAUAAUGUUGUCAUUUCAACCAAAAAAAAUAAAAAUGAUGUAAUAUAUAAUAAUGAUAAAUAUAAAAUAUCAUAUAACACAAAUAGUUUUAUAGAUACAAAACAAAAUAUGAAUAUUAAUAACAAUGUUGGAACAAAAUAUCAUUUGGAUAAUAAUAAAAAUGGAUAUAUAAUAAAUGAAAAUAUAAAUUGUUAUAUAGAAAAUAAAGUGACUAAUACAUUAAAUGAUAUAAAUAAAUGCGAUGAAAAAUAUUAUGAUAAGUGUGAAAAUGGAACUCGUAUAAACAAAAUUAAUGAUAAAUAUAUAAAUGAAGAUUUUAAUAAUAAUGCAAGUGAUGAAGACAAUAUUUAUUUUCAUAAAUUGUUAUCUACACAAAAUAGCAAUGAAAAAAAAUAUGUUUUUCAAGAAAAAAUACAAAAAAGAAAUAAUGAUAAAUAUAAAUAUUGUUAUAAAGACAUAUCAUAUAUUCCAAAUAAGGAAAAAUAUAAUUGUAAUAAUGAUGUAGAUAUAUUGCAUAAUAAUUAUGAAAUGAAAAAUAACUUACUGAACAAUAAAAAAAAUAUAUAUAUAAUUAAUAGUAAUGAUAAAAAAAUGGAUUUGAGUUUACAAAAUAAGAACGCUGAAAAUAUAGAUAUAGGAAAAGAAAAUUGCGUACAAAUAUUUGACAAUAAGAAUAAAAAAAAAAAUAUAUAUAUAUACCAACAAUCACUUAAUAAUAAUAAUAAUAAUAAUAAUAAUAAUCAUUUGAAGGAAAAUGAAUUUGUUCAUAAAAAUGAUGAGCCAAUAAAAUUAAGUAAAUAUAUCAAAGAUAAUACAGAGCAUAUAUAUAACAAUAUGUGUGAAAAGCAAGGUCAUUAUAUUAUAAAAGAAAAUAAUAAAAAUGAUGUAUUAAUAAAUGAUAAUGCUGUGCAUGCAGAAAAAGAUAUAUGCGUAAAAAAAUCAUGUCCAAUAUCUUUAUUAUCAUCACAUGAUAUUAAUUUAUCUACAAAGGUUAAGGAAUAUUUUGCAGGCUCCGAAAAUAUUAAUUCACAAAGUGAUGAAUGUGAUAAACGUAAAAACGAAAAUUUAAUAGAAAAAAAUAUAAUAAAUAAAAAAGAAAUCAAUGAUAAUAGACAUAUUGAAUUUGCAAACGUGGAAAAAAAUAAUUUGGAAAAUAUAUAUUUACAUUGUCCAAAUGUUUUUUAUACAAAUGAUAAAAUUUUACAAGAACAGGUAAAUGAAAAUAGUAUUAAAAAAAAAAUUAUUUGUGAUAAAAUUAAAGGAACUGAAAAUCUCAACGAGACAUCAAACUCUAUAUUAUUAAAUAAAUAUAAUAAGUAUGAUAUUUGUGAAGAAAAUAAAAUGGGAAAUAAUAACUCAUACAUAAUAAAAAAUUUAUACAAAGAACAAAAAUCUUUGGAUGAAGAAGACAAAUGUACCAUACAAAAUAGAAAUGCAAAUUUAUAUUAUAAUUAUAAUAAACAAUUUCCAAAUUCAGAAGAAAUUUCCCAUAAUGAACAUAAAAUACAGUAUAAUAUACCAAGGCAUAAUACCUUCCAUUUAUUAGAUGAACAAAAAAAAUACCAUAAAAAAAAUAUCGAUAAUCAAGAAGAAUGCAAAAAUUUUUCAUUUUCCAAUUUUAUUUCAUAUGAAGAAAAAUACCAAAAUGAUAAUAAUAUGAAAUGUAUAAGUAUCGUAAAAGGGCCUAUAAGUAAGCAAGAUAUAAUAGAAACAAAAGGAAUUACCAAUGAAAUAGGUCAACCCUUAUCGAAUUAUAACACAUUCAUAAAUGAUAAAAAUGAUAAUAUAAUGCCACAUAUUGAUAAGGCAUCUAAUGAUUUGGGAAAUUCAAAUAAAUUAACAAAUUUGAAUAAAGGACAAGCACACAAAAGUUCUAUAUAUGAAAAGGCUAAUAUAGAUAAUGAUAAGGUAAAAAAGCAAAACUUACAUUCAAUAAAUGAUAAGAAAAUUAAAAGAAAUAAAACUUAUAUGAAUGAAAAGGAUACAAAAAAAUAUAAUACAGAAAAGAGGAAUAAUAUUAAAAGAAAUCAUAAUGAUAAAAAAAAGAAUAUAUAUAUAAAUGGGAAUAAAAAUAUAUUUUUAUCAAAUAAGAAUUCUGAAAAAGUUCAUUUAGAUAAUUAUGAUGAUAAUAAUUUGGGAAGAAAAAAAAGGAGUUGUACAAUUAAUGAUAAUAUAAAUUCAACUGAAAAAAAACAAUUAGAAAAAGAAUUGGAUAUGUAUUUAAAAAUAGAAGGAUUCUUAUUAUCAUCAUCAGCCAAGUCAUCAGUAUCUUUACCAUCAAAUUUAUCAAAUACAUAUUUGGGACAAAAAAAUCUAAAUGAAGAUAUUAAUUUAUCUAAUGAACUAAAAAAGCAAUUUUCGAGUAAUAAUGAAAGGAAAAGGAGUACUAUAUUGACAACGGAAUAUUCCAACAAAAUCGUAAAUUAUGAAAUAUCAUCUAGUAGUAUAGGCACAUAUGACAAUUAUGAAAUUCAACAAGUAUUUGAUGAAGUAUUAAACAAUAGAUGUACAGAAAGGGAAUAUUCCAAAAAGGGGAAUUUGGAAUAUAUUUACGAUAAGGUUAAUGCAUUUCCUUCAUCCAAUCGUAUGAAUGAUAUGUCAAAUAAAAUUAGUAAAAUUUAUAAUAAAAAUGAUAAUAUAAAUGAUAACUGUAAUGAUAAUAUAAAUGAUAACUGUGAUGAUAAUAGAAAUAAUAACUGUGAUGAUAAUAGAAAUAAUAACUGUGAUGAUAAUAGAAAUAAUAACUGUGAAGAUAAUAUAAAUAAUAACUGUGAUGAUAAUAAAAAUGAGAACAAUAAUAAUAUUAAUAGUACGAACAGUUGUGAUAAUAUAGUGAAAAAUCAAAAUAAACACUUGGAUCAUUGCAUAUCUAAAAAACAUAAUUCCUUACUUAUAAAUUUAAUGAAUAAAAAGAAUCGAAAAAGAAUGAGAAGUAGUCCAAAUAAUUUUCAAAAAAAACUGGAUAAAGUAUUUGAUUUAAUUGUUCUCCCUAAAUCUGAAAAGGAACGUAAUUUAAUCGAUAAAAUUAUUUAUUGUCUAGAUCCUUCAUAUGUAAAUAACACACCUGAUGAAGAAAAAAAAUGGAAACAAAAAUUGAAAUAUAUGCAAGAAAAAUUUUUGGAAUCAAUACUUUGUAUAUCUUAUCCAAAUGAUUUGUGGACAGAAUCAACCUUUGAAGCUUAUUUAGAAUCAUUAAAUUUUAAUUCAUUAUUAGAUGAUACAUUUAUAAAAUAUGAAAAAGAUCUUAAUAUCAAUUUGUUUCGUCCAGAAGAAGAAAUUUUUUCAGAUCCAGGAAAUAUUGGAGAAGGAGGUUUUGGAAUUGUAACUAAAAUGCGAUUUUUAACAUUCCCUCAAUAUUAUGCCAUAAAAAAAAUAUCAAAAGAUCAUAUAAUGAAAUCUCAAGCAGCUGGACAAGCGUAUUUAGAAGCAAAAUAUCAUUCUGUUUUGAGUCAUGUAAAUAUAAUAAAAAUGUAUGGUUGUAUGCAAGAUGAAGAAUAUAUAUAUCAUGUAUUAGAAUUUUGUUCGAAAGGGAGUAUUUAUUCUAUAUCUAAAAACUUUAAAAAAAGAAGAAUUCCAGAUGAACUGGCAUAUAAAUAUUUUUGUCAUGUUGUUAAUGGAUUAUAUUAUUUAAAUCAAAUGGGUAUAUUUCAUAGAGAUAUAAAAAUGGAAAAUGUUUUAGUUGAUCAUAAAGAUAAUGCUAAAUUAUCUGAUUUUGGAUUAUCUGCUAUGAUAUUAGGUAAAAAAAGUCAUUCUUCAUUAUGUGGAACAUUAGUUUAUUUUUCUCCAGAAAUAACAAGUGGUACUGGAUAUGAUUGGAGAUCUGAUAUUUGGUCACUCGGUGUUUUGUUAUAUGAAAUGUUAGUUGGAGAUGUUCCUUUUGAUGGAACAAAAACUCAAAUAGUUGAAUCCAUAUUUUCAUGUAAUUUGAAAUUCCCAGAUUUUGUAAACCCAUUAGCUAUAGAUUUAAUUAAAAAGACAUUAGUUGUUGAUGUAAAUAAAAGAAUAAGACUAUGUGAAUUAUCUUCUGAUCCUUGGAUGCAACAAAUGUGGAAAUUAAGUUUUCAAAAAAAUUUAAAUACUAACCAAAAUAUAAAUAAUCUUAAAAAAGAAGAUCAAAAUGAUUUUAAUUUCAUAAGUAAUUUAAUAAAAAAACAAUGUUUUAUAAAUAGUAGUCUCAACGCUUCUUUAAAUUAUGACAAAUUAAAGAAUGGUAAAAAAACAUACAAACAUUUGAUACAUAGUAAUUCAAAGGAUGAUAUGUAUUCUUUGAUACUUGAAACACAACAAAGAUUAGCUGAUUAUUUAGAAUUAGAUGAUUCGUAUAUGAGUGACAAAAUUGAUUCAGCAUCGGAUACAAUUAGUGAUUAUGAUUCGAAUAAGUAUAAUAUAUCUCAAUUUUACAAUCAUUCAAAUAAGGAAAAAAAAUCUAAAUAUAUUUCGGGUACAGCUAUAAGAAAUGAAUUUGAGAAGAACAAUAAAAAUAAAAAUAAAAAUAAAUUGGAUAAAUAUAGCACUAUAAAGGAUCCUAUUAUAUCCAAAGUUGUAGAAGAAAAACACACAGAUAAGUGUUUAAAUAAGAAAGAAAGGGAAGUAUUUAAGAACGAAAAAAUAAGGGAAUCUAAAAAUUUAAUAAAAAAAAAAAAAAAAAAAAAUGAAUAUGAUAUAAUAACAAAUAGAGAAAAUAUAUAUAAUUCUAUAAAAGAAAAAUUUAGCGAAUCAAAUAAAGAUAACAAUUUUGUGAAGAAAAAUGAUGAUACAAUAAAAAAUGUUUUAUCGAAUGGCAUGGUCAUUAAAUAUAGUGAUACGUAUUCACAAAUAAAUGAUCAAAUGGAUAUUUCCAAAAUGGAUACUAUUGAUAAUGACAAUUUUGAAAAAAUACUGAAAGGGAAAAAACAAAAUGAUUCAAUUGAACCAAAUAAUAUUUAUAUGGAGAAAAAAACAGUUGCAGAUAUGGAGAAAGGAAAUAACAUUUCAACAACAUAUAAUGAUAAUUUAAUAAAUGAAGGAUAUAUAAAAAAAAGCAUGGAUGUGUUUAAUAAUAAGAAUGAUAAAAUUUAUUGUGAAAAUAUUUUAAAAAAUUGUACUACGGAAAAACAACAUACACCUGUAAAAGAAGAAAGUGAUAAUAAAACUAGCAACGAAUUAAAAGACGUUUUUCAAAAAAUGGUUGAGACAUCAUGUGAAAAAAUAAAUGUAAAUAAUGAUAAUAUUGAUAAAUGUCAUGUAUUAAAAAACAUUCCAACAUUAUAUAUAUCUUCCUUCUCUGGAUCGUUGGAAAAUAUUAAUAAGAUGACAAAUGAAAAAAUUGAUAUUGAUACAAAAGAUAGUGAAGAGGAUUUAAAAAUGGAAGAAAAAUUAAAAACAAUGAAUACAGAGGUGAGUAUCAAUAAUGAAUAUAUAACGAAUAAGAUAAAACACAAAGAAAUAGAUAAAAAUAUUGACAAUAAUUUAACGAAUAUAAAAUAUGAAGAAAAUAAUAUUAAUGAUGAUGUAUCAAAAAAUAGUUCUCUUGAAGAAUUAAACAAAUCAUAUAUACCAAUAUGUGUUCAUAAAGAAUGUUCAACAGAUAUAAUAAAACAAAAUAAAUGUUCUAAAAUAAAUUUAAAAUUAAAGGAUACUAAUUUGGAUGAUAUGAUAAGAAAAGAUCAACAUGGUGAAGAUUUUAAAUUUACAGAUGAAAAAGGAGAACAGCAACAGAAAGAAACGCAAAUAAAUUUCGGAAAAGAUGAAUUAAUAAAAAUACAAAAUGUGGAAGGAAAGAAGAUUGAAAAAAAAAAUAAUGAUGAAAACAAGUUAUCAAGUGAUGUAAAUACUGAAAUAUUAAGAAAAUAUAUUUCUGAUGUUAAGAACUCUCUAUUCAUAAAACAAUCGCUUAAUAAAAAUAAUGGAAAUAAUAAUAUUAAUAAUGAAUAUAUUAAUGAGGAAAAGAAAGAUAAGAUAAAUGAAAAAAAAGAUGAGAUAACUAAUGAUAUGAAAAUACAAAGUAAUAAUGAAACAGAAAAGGAACCUUUAUUUUCAAAAAUAUUGAACAAAGCAUUUGGGAAAAAAUAUACACAUGAAAAAAAUAAUAAAAAUGAUAAUUCUGUUGGGGAUAUACAUAAUUGUAGUGAUUCUCAUAUAUUACAUAAAGGGAAAGGAGAAUGUAAUAAGAAUGGAAAUAUCAUUAAAGAGAGAGAACAUAAAAAUAUUGUUAAAAUAGAUGAAAAUACAAGUAUGUAUGAUAAAUAUAUAGAAAAAAUAAAUAAAUUAUAUUUGAAUAUAAAAAAUAAGAAAUUGAUAUAUGACCUUGAAAAUAUGAAAAAUGCAGGAUCUGAAGAGAAUAUUAAUAAAUGUAAUGAUAAUAAUAAGGAUCACAUAGUAUGUAGCAAUGAAGAUAAGGAUAAUCUCCAUAAUAACAAUUAUAAUGUUGAUAUGAAUGACAAUGGUGUGUAUAAAGGUUUGAAUUAUAAAAUGGAUAAAUCUGAAGACUUACAUAAUAAUAAUAAUAGUAAUAUUUUGAAUGAUUAUAAUUAUAAUUGUAAUUAUAAUUAUAUACAUGCCUAUAAAAUAGAUACAUCUAAAUGUUAUAAUGAUAUGAAUCAAAAAAAUGAAAAACAUUAUUACAUAAAUAAUUCUUAUUAUCAUGAAGAGACACAUAAUAACAAUUUAAAUAAUUUAUAUAAUUCUAGUGAAUAUCAUAAGAGUGUUCAAAAUACAUCUCAAAAGAAUAUACCCAAAUUGGGGAAUACAAUAUAUGAUAAAUUCAAUUGUGAAAAGUAUAUAGAUGACAGGUUGGUAGAUUUGGAAGAGAAAAGAAUAUGUAAAGCAAAUUCUUGUUCUUUAUAUAAAGAAAAUAAGAAUAACGAAAAGACAUUAAUAGAAUUAAAACAAGAAAUUGUUGGUGAUAAUAAUUUAAUAACUAGAACAAGAAUAACACCUGACUUUAUUUCUGUUGAUAAAAAAUAUAUGAAUUCGAGUAAUAGCGAUAAUGGAGAUUUUAUCAUAGGACAGAAGAAUAAAUUAAAUUGCAAAAAUAGAGAAGAAGGACAAGAUUGUUAUACCAACAAUUUUAUACUUAGUUCUUCUAAUUCCGAUUUUUCAAAUGAGAAAAAAUAUAAAAAUGAAGAAAAAUAUAAGAGUGUCAAAUCGAACAAUGCACAUAUGAAUAAUAAUUUUAAAGAAUACGCACAAUAUGGAAAAGGAAAUGAAAAAAAUAGUUUUAGUGAUUUUGAAAAUAAUAUAACAAGAAAUAAUGAUAUGAAUAAAUAUGAAAAAAUCGAAUUUAAUAAUAAAAAAAAUAAAGGAUUGAGUAAUAAUGAGAACAAUGUUGUUCCUUUUAAGCCUUUAUGUUUUAACAAUAAAGUAACAUUUAUGGCAUUAGAUAAAUAUAAUGAUAUCGAAAAUAUGAAUAAUGUUAAUGAGAAUCAAAAUGUGUCCGAUAUACAAAUAAACCAUAAAAAUUUGUUGAUGAAUGGAAAUAAAAGUAUAUCUUAUGAAUUAUCCAAUUUGGAUUCAUUAACAAAAAUAAAUAAACAUAAUAUUAGUAAUAAUUUAAAUAAUGUUAAAGAACAAUCUCCUUCUUUUAAUUCAACUACGAAAGGAAAUAAACAUAGUAGUUUUACAUAUAAUGCAGGACAUAAAAUUAAUAAUAAUGCUGUUAAAAAUAAUAAAAGAACUGUAUCUACGAAUAGGCGUUAUUUAGUAAUAAAUAGUAAUAAUAAUAAUAAUAUAAAAGUAGGAAGUCCAAACAUGUAUAAAAAGAGUUUAUCAUAUAAAGUUCCACCAUGUAACACUAAUUCUAAAGAACAUAAUAAAAAUAAAAUCCCAAAGGAAACUCCAAAAAAAAUGUCUUUAAGGGAUUAUAUAAGGAAUAAUGAUAAAAUAUAUACAAACGAUAAACAAAAAAUGAAUAAAAAAUGUGAUUUAAAAUAUAACCAGAAAAAUAUUAUAAAAGAUAAACAAAAAAUAAAUAUAAAGCAUAACUUAAAAAGUGAUGCUAAAAGUUCGGAAAAAAAAAUGUUUGCUCAUAAAUUACAAAAUACCGACAAAAGAUCAAAUGAUAAAAUCAGUAGAAAUAUUAAAGCUUCUAAUUCUAUGAAUAAAAGUUUGAAAGUUAAAAAUUUGAACGAUUUACAGAAAGGUAUUAAUGUAUUAAAAAAGAAUGAUAAACAUACGGAAAAAGAGAACAACACUAUUGUUGAUUAUAAUUUGAAUUUAUUAGAGAAUGAAAUAGAUACAUAUAAAAAUACAAGGAAGGAAGAAAAUAUUGAUGAAAAAGAAAAUCAUCAUUGUAAUGAUAAAUCAUCCUUAAAUAAAAAUAAGGAAGUAGAAGUUUAUAAUAAAAGGGAAGAUAAUAAUAUAGAUGAAAAUCAAAAUGAAUAUGAUAAUAAAAAAUUAUCAAUAAAUCAACAAAAUGAUGAUCAAAAUAUAGUACAAGUUGAGAAAACACAAAAUGAUUUAAUAUUAAAUAAUAAUAAAGUUAACAAUGUAAUUAUAAAAGGACAUAAUUCAAACUCUAUUAAUAUGAAAGAAAAAAUAUCCAAAAUAAAUGUAAAUAAAAGUGUAAAUGAAAAUAUUAGUAACACAAAAAAUAUGUCAAUGUAUAGUGAAACAAAUAACAAAAUGGAUAAUAUGGAUAAUAUGGAAAAUAGAAAAAAUAACAAUUCUUCAAAAGAUGUGAUUAAAAAUAAUUUAAAUUUAAAUAGUGUACAAAAGAAUAGAAAAAUGUUACUUCCAAACAAUUUUAAAAAUUCAAAAGUAAAAGAAUAUUUAAAAAGCAAAAUAGAAAAAAUAAAAAUGAAAAAUGAUUAUAAUUUGUUAUACAAUACUAUAGAUAGUCAAAAUAAUAUUAAUAAAAAAUCUAAGAUUUUAGACAUAUAUAAUAAGGAAUGUAAUUCUAAGGAUAUUUUAAAUUUACCAAAUGUUCAUGAUAACAAACGAUCAACAAGUGAAUUUUUACGAGGUUCCAAUUCAAAAGAUUUUAAUAAUAAAAGUGAAGAUUUAAAAAAUGUUAAAAUGGCUAGAAAUGUAACAUAUACAUCAACUAAUAAAUUGGGACAAAAUGCGAAACCUACCAUUUUACCAACAUAUAUAAACAAAGAACAGAUACAAAAACAUAAGAAUGAUGAAAACAAAAAAAAUAUAAUAAGAAAUAAUGAAAAAAUAUCAAGGAGUAAAAGUGAAGGAAUAAAACAUUUACGUCUUUCUUCUUCAGAUAGUGAUUUAUCGUGUUAUUUAGAUGCUUUUAAAAAUACAUUUCACGACAAAAUUAAUAAUAUAGCAAACAAAAUUAAAGGAGAUGAAAAUCGUGAUGAAACACACUUGCAAAAAGGUAACGGAAAUUAUAUAGAAAAAAAUAUUAUACAAAAGAAAGGAUGUUUAAACAGUAAUAUCAACAAAAAUGUAGUUAGUAAUUAUAAAAAUAAAUUUAAUACAAAAAAUAAAUUAUACACAAACGUUGUAUCUAAUAGAAAUCUUAAUCUUUCUAAUGUAAAAAGUAAGAUAGACACAAAUAUUCAUAAGAAAUCUAAUAAUAUGGAAGAAAAUAUAUUAAAUAAGAAGAAUAAUUAUGUAACAUAUAAUGAAUAUAACAGAAGAACAAAAAGUGCCAAAAUUUUUAAUAAGUCGGAUAAUUUAUUAAAUACAACUAUUAAUACAUACAAAAGUUCUUCUAUAACAAAUAAUAUGAAAAAUUCAAAACAUGUUGUAAUGAAUAAAGUGAUAUCAUCAUCUAAGAAAGAUAAUUCUCUAAAAUUGAAUGAACAGUUUUCAGAAUAUAAAAGGUUCCCUAUGAAAGUAAAUGAUUCUGUGCACUCAGAAACUGAGGAUACAAAAUAUGAAGAAGAAUUACAAAAGAAAUUGUUAUUAUUAAAUAAAGAUAAUAUAUAUAAGAAGGAAGAAAAAAAAUAUGCUUCUAAAAAUGAUGAUGAGAAAUUAGAUCACUUGGAUUUUGAAAAAUGUGUUAAUAGGAAUGAUGAAUUAGAUGAUGUUAAAGAAGUUAAAGAAAUGGAUAAGAAUAAAAAAGAAAAUGAUGAUAAAAAGGGAAUAUAUGAUAAUGAAAAGAAAAUGAGUGAUAAUAAUAAUAACAAUAAUAAUAAUAAUAAUAGUGAUGGAAAAUAUAAUGAUAAUUGUGAUUAUUAUAAUAUGGAUGAUACACAAAAAAUUGAUAAGCACAAUAAAUACAAUGUUAAAAAUAUACAUUAUACAACUAAUAUGGAUGGUAAUAAUAAUAAGAAUAUAUCUUCUAAUAAUUAUUAUGAAGAAAAAGAUAAUAAAAUGAAUAAUAUGCAUGAAAAAUAUUAUAAAACAUUACCUAGUCGAAUUAAGAACUAUAAGGAUUCGGAUACGAUGUUUGAUGAAGAAGAAUUAAAUAUCAUUGAAGGACAUAUUAUGAAACAUGUUUCUUUUGAAAAUUUAGAAGGUGUUAUUUCUAGUUCAGAUACAACAAAAAAUAGUAACAAAAUUAAAAGAAAUUAUACUUUUAGUAAUAUUAAAAAUAAGAAUAAUACAAACAAUACAUUAAGUGUUGAACGAAAUUACUCAACCUUACCUAACAUCAAUAUUGAUCAUAUGAAUGCUUAUAGUAAAUCACCAAAAGAAGAAGAUAAUAAAAAUUCCAAUGUGAAUGUAUUUAUAAAAAAUAAUCAUCAUCUUGAAAAACAAAAUAUAAACCAAAACAAUAAUACUAAUAAGGAUAUUAUGAAUGAUAAAAAGAAUAUAUAUAAUCAAUCUAUACAAGCAUAUUUGAAUGGUGGUAGAAAUUUAAAUAAUGUGAAUAAUAUAAGAAAUAAGGAAAAUACGAAAUCUAAUAUAUCAUCUUAUCAAUAUAAUAAACGUUUACAUAGUGAACAAAAGGUUACUAUAUCAAAUAGUUAUAAUCGUCAGAUAAGUCAAACAAUGAAUUCUCAUUUCAACAGAAGAAAUAUCUCGCAUGUAAAAAAUAAAAGUGAAAUCAAUACUAUUAGUGGUAAAAUAAUACCAGUUAUGUCAAAUAAUAAAAAAGAUACAUUAUUGACACAAAACAAUGUGACCAAACCUGUAUCCAAAGAAUAUAUUAGAACAUAUACACUUAAUACAUAUAGUAUGAAUAAUUUAGGUAAUAAGAAUAAUUUAGGAAUGAAAAAAAUAAAUAGUACAUACAGUAAUAAUAAUGAUAAGAGGAUAGAAAAAAGUAACAGUACCUUAUUUAUGGUAAAUCUUAAAAAAAUUCAUUCACUUAACAAUAGUACAGAAAAUACCAAUAUGACUAAAAAAAUCGAAGCAUUAGGUACAGAAUUUAUAAAAUCUGAUAACAGAGAAAAAUUAAAUGGCAACUUCAAUAUAAAAAGAAAUGUUAGUGCUACAAUUUUAAAUAAGGCAACAUAA